GGCCUCUGAGGCCCAACCAGGAUGCCAGAACGAGUGUAUGACUUCCAGGGCCAGAGUUUUCACAAGCUGCGGCGGGCCUGCCUCCGCCGAGGAGCGCUCUUCAAGGAUCCUCUAUUCCCCGCCACAGACCAGUCCCUCUUUUACAAGAGACAGCCUCCACCGGGUCUGACCUGGAAGAGGCCGAGGGAGAUUUGUAAGGACCCCCGUCUGUUUGUCGAUGGCAUCAGCACUCGUGAUUUGCACCAAGGAAGUCUGGGUAACUGCUGGAUGGUGGCAGCCAUUUCCUGCCUGGCGUCUGAGCCAUCACUGUGGAAAAAGGUCAUCCCCGAUCAUUUGAAUCAGGAGUGGAAUCCAAAGCGUCCCGACUUGUAUGCAGGGAUUUUCCAUUUCAGGUUCUGGCGUCUCGGUCGCUGGAUGGAUGUUGUCGUAGAUGAUCGCCUGCCUGUCAGCGAGGAUGGAGUGCUGCUCUUCUGUCGUUCGGCAACACCACGAGAGUUCUGGAGCGCCCUGCUGGAAAAGGCCUACGCCAAAGAGGUGACAUUCCAUGUCCCUAUUGCCAAGGCCUCCUCUCCUGGCCGCCACCCGGCACACAAUGCACCCAACCCCUGUGGCGCCUCCUGUGGGUGGUGGGCCUGCGGGAGGAUGGGCCCAUGUCUCCUCUUCGGGCUGUGCCCGGCUGGGUCCCAUGGACUAAGGCCCAGCCACCAGACGCUCACCCUCGGGCACCCUCCCCGGGCCUGGCUCCAGGGCGGGGCCCCGUUAACCCUAUCAGGGGAACUGAGGGAGGACUUACCGUCUCCCUCUGUGCUCCACUGUUUUCUACCUCAGCCCACAGUGGUGACCACAGUUUAUCUACACAGGGCGUCAGGACUCCGCCCUCCCAAACAAACAGCCCCCGAUGUUUACGCUGUAGUGAGAUGUGAGAAUGACAACGUGAGGACGCGGGUGUUCAAGGAGAGCGGAAACCCUGAAUUCAACCUGAGAACCAUCUUCUACAGGAGAUACCCCAACACAGACAUCUCUGUUGAGAUAUACAGCAGAGGUCUGCUGUGGGACUCGCUUCUCGGUGAGACUCGACUCCAGACGGCCGAGUCUGAGAGGAGUCGAAGCCUCGUGAUGAAUCUGCGAGGCGGACGGUCUCGUUCAGGGCUCAGAGGUUGCGUCUAUCUUGAGACGUCUUCCAGCCAGAGAAACAAAUUACAAAGAGCAUUUCUGUGUCCCAAGAAGGAGGAGACUGUCACUCUCUCCAGGGCUUCCCCAGAGGCUGAGUUUCAGACCUCAGCAGACUCUGGGCCCCUGGAGGAUAUGGAGCUACUGUCUGCAGCAGCUUCCACAGAGAGCUCAGGCGAGCUCACCCAGCCUGCAAUAAACGUUGUCUCGCUGCAGCGCUGUGGCGAAGUGUCCAGAGCUGGCUGGGUGUUCCACGUAGCCUCAGCUAGCUUUGUCUCAGCCAGGGGCCUCCAUACCUGCUGGCCCUGUGUCUGUUUCCCACUGGGGGCUCUGGAGACCCGCGCCAGCACUUUCUCGUCUCUGCUGGGGGCUCUGGUGACCCGCUCCAGCACUCAGUGGCUUGCAUGCAGCCGUCUGUUUCCGCUGGAGGAUCUGAGGGGUCACACCAGCUGUCUGUCUCAGCUAGUCGCCUCCACUGUUUUGCGGUCGGCCUCCUGA